AUGCAGGAAUACUUUCCAAUCAAAAGUCUUACGACAUACACCACGAACUGGACAAUCAAGGCCAGAGUAUUGGAAAAGGCACCACUCAGACAAAUCAAGGGAGAUAACCACAUAUUGCACGUUGAUCUUGUAGACAAACAUGGUGAUAGCAUCAGAGUCAAAUUUUGGGGCAAGGCAGCCACAAAAUGGGACGAGAUUCUACAAAAGGGAAAGGUUUACACCUUCUCUAAAGGUACUGGAGAACUUUCAAACAAAAAGUUCAACACUACUCCACACAACUAUGAAAUAACAUGCCAUCACGACAGCAUUAUAGAACUUGUUGAAGAUGCAGGGGAUAUCAAAAUGCAACGUGAUCAUAAACUAAUGACACUUAGAGAUAUCAAGUCUAUGCCACAAAUCACACAAGCGCCGGUUGAUAUCCUUUGUGUUGCUAAUACAAUACAUCCGAUAGGGAAUGUCGUUACCAAGGCCGGCAGAGAAACAGCAAGACGGCUCAUGUCUAUUGUAGAUGACACGGGAUAUGAAAUGGAUUUGGUAUUAUGGGGAGAACAUGCUAAUUUAGAAGGAAUUGAAGAUAUGGAGGGGAAACCUAUUAUAGUCACUAGGGUUGCUGUCAAGGAGUGGCAAGGUACAAGGAGCUGCCAAAGCAUCCUGUCAACUGAAAUAAAACUCGCAACACAAGAAACCGUCAAGGACCAUGAAAAAAUAAAUCAACUACAAAAAUGGUUCGAAUCCGCUAAAGCAAAUAAUGAAACGUUCAAAUCGUUAAAACCACAAAGCCUUAGCAGCAGGGAUAACUACGAGUUGGCAGAUAUAGCAGAAAUAAUAAGCCAAACAAAGGGAAGUUAUGUUGUUAAAGCAAAACUACGCAAAAUAUUCUGGAAAAACAGAGACGGAGUUGUAAGAAUGUGGUAUCAGGCAUGCCCAAUGUGCUCCAAAAAAGUUAUAAUGAACGAAGACACUAAUAGAUACCAAUGCAUCGUAUGCGGUGAUGCUUCAGUGGUACCAGUGUUACGUUAUAUCUUUAAUUGCAACUUCAUGGAUAUGACCGGGAGGCUGAGUGCACAAAUAACGGCAGACAUGGGCGAUAGAUUGCUGGGAAAGACAGCACAGGAGCUUGAUGCAAUGGACCCUGAUAAACUUAAACAUUUCUGUGAUUUUGAGGCAACACACAAAGACUACAAGGUCAGCGGCUACAUAAAAACGAAUACCUACAACGGAGAAACAAGGUAUCAAUUUAAUGUCACACGCUUGGAGCCGCUAGAUUACGUCGUUGACACGAAGUAUAUGCUAGAGAAGAUGCAAAUUACAUACGAUGACGUACUCAACUUCUUAGAAAUCGCAUCUGAAAAAAGUGAUGCCAAGAGGGCUAAAGUGGAAGUGAAGGACGAAUAA